CAUCAUCCAGCCCACCAUGCAAGUCACUCCGGAAUACUGCGGUCUCGAGGACUAUGGCCUGGUCGGGGACAUGCACACCUGUGCGCUGGUCAGCAAGAAUGGCAGCGUCGACUCCAUGUGCUGGCCCGUCUUCGACUCGCCUUCCAUCUUCUGCCGCAUCCUGGACAAGCAGAAAGGCGGACAUUUCUCCAUCACCCCGCACAACAAUAUCAAGAGUCCCUUGAGUAAGCAGCGCUAUCGACCCUACACUAACAUGCUGGAAACCCGCUGGAUCCAUGAGGCCGGCGUGGUGAACAUCUUGGAUUACUUCCCCGUCGAGAAGGCCAAGCCGCUGGGUGUCGAGAGUAGAUUGCCCGAGUGGUGUCGCUGCAAGCAGAAGAAACAUCCCGAUCACCACCGGGAAUGUCAUUCUGGGCUGGUUCGCAAGGCGGAGUGUGUCCGCGGCCAGAUGGACGUUGAUAUCGAGCUUUUCCCGGCGUUUAACUAUGCGAGGGAUUCGCACACCGCUUGCCGGCUGAACAGGACGGUGGGAGAUGGCUAUCAGACAUUUCAGUUCAAGUCUGAGUCGCAGACCCUCCAGCUUAGUAUCCUGGAAGAUCAGGGGGAUCUUGACCAACCUGGCACUGAACUCCGGGCGAAAUUCGAAUUAUGCGAGAGUUCCGGGCACCUGGGUCCGGGUCUGGUGGGCAAGGUCACUCUGAACGAAGGCCAGUCCAUCACCAUGCUCCUGCACGACCAGGAGAAUAUUGCGUCUGACGCACAGGUGCUCGCUCCGUAUCUGCAGCAGAUCGAGCGAAUUUCCGGUGAUUUCUGGACCGACUGGACCAGCCAAUGCACCUUCCGCGGGCACUAUCGCGAGCAAGUGGAACGCAGCCUCCUUGUCCUGAAGCUGUUAACCUACAAGCCGACAGGGGCCAUUGUUGCAGCACCCACUUUCUCUCUCCCCGAGCAUAUCGGGGGUAGUCGGAACUGGGAUUAUCGCUACUCAUGGGUCCGCGAUGCCGCAUUCACGAUCUACGUGUUCUUGAAAAACGGCUACCCCGAGGAAGCCGAGUCGUACGUCAACUUCAUCUUCGAACGCAUCUUCCCGCCUUUGAAUCAGAUCCCCAAGACCGGGGAUCCGUUCCUACCCAUCAUGGUCACCAUUCAUGGCGAGCGGGACAUCCCCGAGAUCGAACUCGACCAUCUCGAGGGCUAUCGCGGUAGCCGACCAGUCCGCAUCGGCAACGGUGCUGCCACACAUACCCAGCUCGACAUCUACGGAGAGCUGAUGGACAGCAUCUACCUGUACAACAAGCACGCAGCAGCCAUUUCAUACGAACAGUGGCGCGCCAUCCGCCGCAUGAUGGACUUCGUCAUCCAGGUCCGCCACCACAAGGACCAAUCGAUCUGGGAAGUCCGCGGACCGCCCCAGAACUUCGUCUACUCCAAGAUCAUGCUCUGGGUGGCUCUAGACCGCGGUGUCCGACUCGCCGAGAAGCGCUCCAACCUCCCCUGCCCGUCCCGGGAAACAUGGGUGCGCGAGCGCGACGACCUCUACGACGAGAUCAUGGAGCACGGGUAUAACGCCGAGAAGGGGUUCUUCUGCAUGAGCUACGAGAACAAAGAUGCCUUCGACGCGGCAGUGCUGAUUGCCCCACUGGUGUUUUUCAUUGCGCCGAAUGAUCCGAGGCUGCUGAGUACGAUUCAGAAGAUCAUGGAGCCGCCGGGUAAAGGCGGGCUGAACGUGGCCAACAUGGUCUCCCGAUAUGAUACGAGUAAGGUGGACGAUGGUUAGUGGGAGUCUUUUCCAUCUGUUCGUGACGCUACCAAUAACGUUUCUGACAGCCGUUCUAGGUGUGGGUGGUGAUGAGGGCGCGUUCCUCAUGGUGACCUUUUGGCUUGUUGAAGCUAUGAUGCGUGUAUGUGUCCCCAUCUUUACUUCGAAACUGGAUAUUGGUAUGCUAAUGAUGAAAUGCAGGCAUCCCGGUCGAAGGCAUAUCUCCCCCACGACCCCUUCUUCCAGCAGCUGCGCAAGACAGCCACGUCAAACUUCGACAGCGCCCUUUCCUUUGC